GACAUUGUACCUCGUGGUAGGUGAAUGGUAUAUAUCCCUUGAUCUCUGGCUCCCUAGAUCUUCCACGUCGUCCUCUUCGUCGAUUUACCAAUAUUCCCGUCAACGAACAGCAGCAGGUCGAAGAAGCCCUCGCAGCAGAAAUGGCCACCCCACCGACUCCUCCAGAGUACAACUCGAGUAUCCCCAAUGGCGGCGACCCCAAAGCCAUGGAUGUCAACCUUCCCUACACCGGCCUGGAGUGGGAAUACGUCUACCAGGUCAUCAUGGGCUGCCUGGUCUUCGUCAUCGUGCCCGGUAUCGGUCUGCUCUACGGCGGCAUGUCACGAAGGAAAUCCGCUCUGGCCAUGAUCUUCCAAGCAUGGACCGUCAUGGCUGUCUGUUCAUUCCAGUGGGCUUUUUGGGGAUUCAGCCUCGCCUUCUCUCGCACCGGUGGCCCAUUCAUUGGUGACCUUUCGAAUUUUGGCAUGAAGAAUGUCAUGGCUGCACCGUCCUGGGGAUCCGCCGUCAUCCCAGACAUCGUUUUCAGCUUCUACGAACUCAUGUUUUGUGCUUGCGCCACCAUGAUCGUGGUCGGUGGCUCUUUUGAGCGUGGGCGAAUCAUUCCCUCCAUCAUCUUCGGGUUCUGCUGGGCCACACUCUGCUACUGUCCGAUCUCGUAUUGGACUUGGAACGCCAAUGGCUGGCUCUUCCAGCUUCCCGCCCUGGACUUCGCCGGUGGUGGUCCAGUCCACAUUUCCAGCGGCACUGCCGGUUUGGCGUAUGCUCUUGUCCUCGGCAAGCGCAAGAGGCUCGGUGAGAAGCAUGUCCACAAGCCUCACAAUGUCACCAUCAUCUUCCUCGGUACCACCCUCAUCUGGUUCGGCUGGUUCGGGUUCAACGGCGGUUCGGCCUUGAAUGCCAGCAUCCGUGCAAUGAUGGCCGUGUGGAACACCAACUUUGCCGCCUCCUGCGGUGUGGCUGGAUGGGUCAUGAUGGACUAUAUCAAAAAGAGAAAGUUCUCCGUUGUGGGAGCAUGUGAGGGGGCGAUUGCUGGAUUGGUUGGCAUCACCCCUGCGGCAGGCUAUGUUUCCGUCUGGUGCGGUGCAGCCAUCGGCUUCAUCACGGCUAUCGUGGUCAACCUGUUCGAGAAUGUCAACGACUGGUUGCACAUCGAUGAUGGCCUCGAGGUCUUCAAGAUCCACGGCAUUGGCGGCAUCUGCGGCGCUUUCCUGACGGGGAUUUUUGCAUCCUCUUCGGUGUCGGCUCUCGAUGGCGCCACCCUCGCCCCGGGCGCCAUUGAUGGUGUUGGUAGCCAGAUCGCACGACAAUUGGCAGAGAUCGCUGCUAUUGCCAGCUGGUCUUUCACCAUCUCCUUCAUUCUCCUCGUGAUCUUGAAGUACAUUCCAGGCCUCCACCUGAGGGUUGAUGACGAGGUGGAAAUGAUUGGAUUGGACAUUGAUCAGUUUUCGGAUGAAAUGGUUGGAGAAUGGUCACUGUUCAACGAUGAGCACACUGGUCGCCGCGGGUCUUUUGAACAGAUCACGCAUGGCUUCCCUGCUCGUGGUACUACAACAGGCGACGCGACCCCGGAGCAGAAGGUCGAGCCCAAGGCCGAGCCAACUUCGUCUUAGAGUUUGUAACUGAUCGUGCUUUGAAUGGUCAUCACUUAAUAGAUGGUACACGUGGGGUUUGUUGCUUGGAUGAGCGCAGGUGUUACAGUACAGGUUUAGAUUAUAUGGCUAGAAUAGAUUAGCAGAGGGUUCUUGGUGUUGGUGCGAUCCUCUUUGCAGGGAAUAUAUUUAAUGUAUCCGAGCGCC